GAGAUGAGAUUUAUGGCUCUGUGAAGGAAGCUGAAUCUUAAGGAGCCGUUAUAUUUAUUUUUUACAAUUCAGCCAGGGGUACUCGUUUUUUAUCAAGGAAACAAUCACUGGUAGCAGUGAUUCUGAAUAAUCAAUCAGAAUAAUUCCAACCAAGGCGGAACGGUGGUCUAGUGGUUAGCGCACAGACCUCACAGCUUAGGAGACUAGGGUUCAAUUCCACCCUCGGCCAUCUCUGCGUGGAGUUUGCAUGUUCUCCCCGUGCAUGUGUGGGUUUUCUCCCACAUUCCAAAAACAUGCUAGGUUAAUUGGCAACUCCAAAUUGUCCAUAGGUAUGAAUGUGAGUGUGAAUGGUUGUUUGUCUAUAUGUGUCCUGUGAUUGGCUGGCCACCAGUCCAGGGUGUACCAUGCCUCUCGCCCCAAGACAGCUGGAAUAGGCUCCAGCAUAAACAACACAAAAAUGGUCGUUUUACAUGAAAAUAACUAUUUAUUUACUAAUAUAACACAAUUAACUAUUUACAAAUUUCACAUUUGGAACUGAGACACGGGUUCAAUUCCACCCUCUGCCAUCUCUGUGUGGAGUUUGCAUGUUUUCCCCCGUGCAUGCCUGGGUUUUCUCCGGGUACUCCGGUUUCCUCCCACAUUCCAAAAACAUGCUAGGUUAAUUAGCCACUCCAAAUUGUCCAUAGGUAAGAAUGUGAGUGUGAAUGGUUGUUUGUUUAUAUGUGCCCUGUGAUUGGCUGGCCACCAGUCCAGGAUGUACCCCGCCUCUCGCCCCAAGACAGCUGGGAUAGGCUCCAGGAACCCUCGUGAGGAAAAAGCGGUAGAAAAUGAAUGAAUAAUUCCAACUAUACAUCUCACCAGUAUACUGUAUACUCUAUUGGUGGGAAUGAGUCGGAAAUAUUGUUUAUAUUUGGCUUGUGUUUUCAUCGUAAACAUUCCAUAAGGUAGUGCCAUAUCUCCAUGUUCUGACAGUGAGAUCACUAUUUUGAAUUCCUACAAUGGAGGCCCCAUGAUGUUGCCACACAUGACACAGUGGCCAAUCAGGGAAUCGAGUCUCGCCGUUCACUUGAAAGAGCCGUUUAAAGGAAUCGAUACGUGUCAACUAAUGACGUUCGUGUUCACCUGAGCAGCUACAUGUUGUGUUUCUUCACAGUGUUCACCAUCUUGCCGUGAAGAAGCAUUGGAAUGUGAGUCAACAAUCAUAAAGUACACUUUGUGUUUCUGUGUCGUCUGUGGAAAAAAUGCCCUCCUGUGCGCCGCCAUCAUCGAUGCUUCAUCUGGACUCAUUUUUUGCCUUAAAGAUGAACACUUUCCCCUCAAAAAGAGACUAGAUUAUUUUAUUAUAUUCUAACACUUCCAGCCUGCAGUCUAGCGGGCUGCCUCGACGCGCUUAUCCAUGUACGCCUUUAUUUUGAAAGCGACAGGGUAACCUGUUGCCGGAAGUACUUUGUGGCGUUCGUGUUGUUUUUUGCAUUGUGAGAGGAUGACGAUUGUUUGUUGUUGAAGAAUAUUUUUGACGUCUUUGUUGAAUGUGGGCGGUGGCGCCAGUGGCCUUAAUCAUGAAAAUAAAAAUCAUUUGGACUUGAUUUAAAAAAAAAUAUAUAACCUAUUAACGAAGGUAACAGUGCCAGUUAGUAGUUAUCAACUCGUCACUUCCGGUCCAAAUUUCACAAAGCAGGCGUGACAUUCCAAACAAUUCGUCUGUCCGUCGCCAUGCAGAGAAUAAAAGUGAUUUCGGGGCAUUUGUGUCCGUCCAGUUCGGACAAGUGGAACGUCAGGUCGAAUGAGUGCGCGGUGGCCGGUAGCCCCGACGAUGUGGUGGUCGUUCACGGCCUGAGGAGCGCCAUCGGAAAGGCCAAACGCGGAAAUUUAAAGGACACCACACCCGACGAGAUGCUGAGUGCUGUGAUGACCGCCGUGCUGAACGACGUCGGCCUUUCUUCUCAGCUGCUGGGUGACGUGUGUGUGGGAAAUGUGCUUCAGCCCGGCGCCGGCGCUCUCAUGGCCCGUGUGGCUCACUUCCUCAGCGGCUUCCCGGAGUCUGUGCCUGUCUACACGGUCAACAGGCAAUGCUCGUCUGGUCUGCAGGCGCUGCUCAACAUCGCAGGUGCUAUCAGGAGUGGUUCCAUCGACUUGGGCCUUGCUUGUGGCGUGGAGAGCAUGUCACUACGCUCCAUCGGGAAUCCCGGAGACCUGAGCUCCAGGCUGGUGGACAAUGAAAAGGCUAGAGAUUGCAUCAUCCCUAUGGGCAUGACGUCCGAGAACGUUGCAGAGAGGUUUGGCGUGUCCAGAGAGAAGCAGGAUGUCUUUGCCAUGACGUCCCAGCAGAAGGCAGCGUGGGCGCAGCUGUCGGGUCUGUUGGACCAGGAGAUCGUCCCCAUCGCGACCAAGCUGGUGGACGAGGACGGCACGGAACGGCAGGUGACGGUUGCUAAGGACGACGGGAUCCGAGCGGGAACGACGCUAGCAGGCCUCAGCAAACUGCGACCUGCUUUCAAGCCCGACGGGACCACAACGGCCGGGAACUCAAGCCAGGUGAGCGACGGCGCUGCCGCCGUGCUGCUGGGACGCAGAUCUACGGUGGAGGCGCUGGGUCUGCCGGUCCUCGGGGUCCUGAAGGCGAGUGCCGUGGUCGGGGUCCCUCCUGAUGUGAUGGGCAUCGGCCCGGCGGUUGCCAUUCCUGCUGCCCUCAAGAAGGCGGGACUCAACAUGGCCGACAUCGACGUGUUUGAGAUCAACGAGGCCUUCGCCAGCCAGGCCGUGUACUGCAUCGAGAAGUUGGGCAUCCCGCCCGAGAAGGUGAACCCAAACGGGGGCGCCAUCGCUCUGGGUCACCCGCUGGGCUGCACCGGCGCCCGCCAGGUCGUGACACUGCUGCACGAGCUGCGGCGACGCGGACGUAGGGCCUACGGCGUCGUGUCCAUGUGCAUCGGUACCGGGAUGGGAGCGGCCGCCAUCUUUGAAUUCCCAGGCCUGUAAAGAACCACGUUCCAGGAUCUUUUUGGACGUAAUAAAACAAAAGCUUCACGAUCAUAGCGAUCAUAUCUUUAUCACGGAAUCAAACCAUGGUAUCGAGAUGCAUGUCACGAAUGGACGCCAAGUCAUUCUGUCCAAAGAGACGGUCCAGUCCAUCAAAGGAUCUUGGCUUUCUUCCGGGCCUGAAACUGUUCCGUCUUGCUUUUAAUGGACUUAACGAGCAGAGACAAGCUCGGCUCCAUCACUUGUUUCCGUGACGUGGCGUCCGCCGGUGUCGCGGCGUCGUGCUCUUUCGUACGCUUCUUUGGCGCUGCGGUCUCCAUCUUGAGAAGAUCGUCUUCCUGACGGCGGCGUUGCUUCUCGUCCAGGAUGCUCUGCGUGGCUUUGGUCUUCUUGUAGCUGGGGUGGGACGGGUCCAGAUUGAAGAGAUGGGAAGUGAAAAUAGCCUGGAAGCGAGGGUCCUUCACGUCCACCUGAAGACAAAACGAGACCUGGGUUCAUAAACAAAAUGGACACCAUGGUUCUGAUGCUCCACAAUCUUGUCGUAGUUGAAGUGUUUGUGUUUCUCGUCACCGUCGUCGUCGUCCAUCAGCAGCAUCAUAGCGGCCUACACACACAAACACAUCAAUCAAUCACUCACUGGAAAGCGGUUGCGACAUCUUCUGGAUAUGCCCUCUGACCUUUUGUCUCUCCAGCUCCUCCUCUUCCUCAACUGUGCGCUCAACUUCCUCCUGGUUCUUCUUCUUGUCUUUGCGUUUUUUCUUCUUGGUGUCUGAGGAGCAUCAGCAGACAAUCAGAACUUUCGAUUGUCUUUUGGACGUGCUGACAACGGCGGCACGGCUCACCUGAAGAUGUGAGCUCUUCGCUGAAGAACGGGUCGCUGAGCUGCACGUCAGGAGGAAGGUCGUCGUCGCUGAGCUCCUCCUCGGCUGCUUCCUGUGAUGCCAUCAAGAGGAGACGUGAAAACGAGGUUCUCGCGCCGACAUGAGAACGCUCACCUUUUGCUCUUUCUUCUUCUGUUUCUUCUUGUCUUUCUUCUUCUGCAGGAACUCCUGCCAUGGCGUCAGGACCUCCUUCUUCUCCAUCUUCUUCCUCACGAGCUGCUCCGUCGUCUCCUUCAGCCCUGAAGAACCCAACCAGACAGCGAUAGCGGCUUCAUUCCAUAAUAUUUGGAUGUUGACCUCUGACCUCCUACCUGGCACCCAUGUGACCUCCAUCUCCAUGUCUUUGUCCUGCUUCUCUUUGUCCUGGAUUCCUUUGAUCAGCUGGCGGUACUUGGACAGCUGCUCCUCGCUCUUCUUUUUCUUCUUCUCUUCUUCCUGCUUGCCCGCUGAUGCCGGAAGAUGUUCCUCGCCUUCCUGCUCAUCAUGGAGGUCUUCUUCGUCACUGGAAGAAGCCAGGUAGGCUUUAAAGUCCAUCUCCAGUAGCUCGCUCUUGUUCAUCUUCUUGCUGAGGGCGCUCACGCGCUCGUGGUCCGUCUCGUCCCAUGUCAGCUGGACCUGGAUGGAGAAACGCUCAUGGUGAUGUCACAGACAGGUUCAGACUCCGCCUCCUGGCGACUCCGCCCCUUCCGUACCUUGGAAGUGGCACUGGCAGACGAGGUGAAUAGUUUCGGAGUGUACGCCGCCAGGUUGAUGUCGGUGGCGGCGUCUUUGGGCUGGUCGUGGAAGAUGAUGUCAUCAGGAACGAAGCUGAAGAAACAAAACGGGCAGGUCAGAGUGGAGGUCAAAGGUCACGGUGGCGGCUGUGUCUCGUACCGCAGGUCCAGGAUGGAGCAGCUGCUCUCGUACUCGUAGCCGUCGCACUCCUCAUAGAUUUUGCCGGCGGUGGCGGCAGAGUCGCACUCGGCCACCGCGUAGAAAUACUUCAGGCGCUUGAACUGGUAGUCUCUCAUCUUCUCCCUGUGCUUCCUGGAGACACGCACAUGAACGUCACACCCGCGGAUGCAUCAGCAACGAUGACAUCACCGGCAGACAACCCACCUGUCGUCCUCCGUGUCGUCCUCCGAGUCGUCGGGAAGCGCCUGCAGCUCCGGCGGUCCCUGGACUUCCUCCAACCUCAGUCGUUCCUUUCCGAAGUCUGACGGGUAGAUCUGGACCAAAACACCCAGCAUGCUUUGCUGCUCUGCACGUACACAGUGUCUUUGUGCCAGCUCCGCCCUCUUACCUUGACUGACAGCACGGCCCCGCCCUCGGGACAGAAAGAGCUGAGCAGGGCCAGCAGGUCUUUGGCCUUCAUGCGGUCCCAGUCCAUGUUGCACAUGGCUAGUCUGUGUGAGACCUAAAAAGACACGCCCGGUGAGACCAGCGAGACCACCGCCCGCUGCUCGUAAACUGACCUCGUCACCGCGUGGCGCGUCUUUGCACAGCUCGCCCCACUCGUGCUCGAUCUCCUCUUCCUCACGACGAAGGACGGAAUCCACGUCGUCAUCAUCCUCGUCUUCAUCCGAGCUGGUCUCCACGUUGCCUUUCCCACGGGCCAAGUCCGGACCACUG